AUGUCAGGCUUACAUGCUCAAACUUGUGAUACUUUGGAGGACAACAGUGGUGGUCAAUCAUGUAUGCUCAGCCCAUCACAAGACAAUAUCAUGGACACUGUGGGAGUCAUUUGGGUUGACACUGAAGGAAAUAUAGCAUCAGGAGCCUCCAGCGGUGGUAUUGCACUGAAGGUCUCUGGUCGUGUAGGAUUAGCAGCAAUGUAUGGUGCAGGCUGUUGGGCCUCCUUAAAAGGACCAUUUAGGGCUCCUUUCAUAGUUGAUUGUUGUGUUAGUGGUGCUGGAGAAUACCUAAUGAAAGGAUUUGCAGCUUGGAGUGCUGUGUCUUAUCGUCACUAUAUGCUUAAAUUCGAAGCUAUAGAAAUUGCAGUUGCGUACUCAUCCUUGUCUUUUGGGAUAGGAUAUUUUGGAAGUGGCAUGGAAAGGCCUAAGGUUUCUAUUCUUAGGAGAAGUAAACAGCAGAAUAGAAGUGGAAUUGAUCAUUUUGAAGCUCGAGUUGAUGUUUCUACAUGACUGAUUUUUGUUUAACAUGUUUUUUAAGGAUAAAUUAUCAUAUCAAAUCAAAUCUCUCUAAUUUACUCGGUUUAUUUGGGAGUGUAUGUAGUACUAUAAAAGAAAGUAACAUGUCCCCCUUCGAGAUUGCCAUUUAAUGGUUAAUAUCGAUGAAUAAAAGUUGAAGUGAUCAAAUCGAUAUGAUCUUAACCUCACCAGUUCAAUGGUAUUACUAUUGAGCCAAAGUCUAUAAUAUUUGUUUUUAUUACAACCAAAGAAACAAGCAACCUUUAUCAUAGAAAACAUAUGAUAAUUACCUUAACACAGGAACAUCUCAUC